CAAAGCCAAUAAUCAAUCACCAGCGACAUCAAUUCCUUGCCCGACCGCCCGGCCGCGCGUCGAGGAACCGCCGCACAGUUCCAUGGGCAAGGUGCGCUCCUUCUUCUGCCGCGCCCGCAGCGGCAAGCGCGGUGGCUCCCGGCCAGGCUUGUCGUCCUCGUCUCUCUCGUCCCCGUGCCCCUCCGCGAGGAGGGCGUCGCCGCCGGCCGGGGACGAGACGGAGCGCGUCUUCCGCAAGUUCGACGCGAACGGCGACGGCCAGAUCUCGCGGUCCGAGCUGGCGGCGCUGUUCGAGAGCGUGGGCCACGCGGCCACCGACGACGAGGUGUCGCGCAUGAUGGAGGAGGCCGACGCGGACGGCGACGGCUACAUCAGCCUGCCCGAGUUCGCGGCGCUCAUGGACUCGGCGUCCGGCGACGCCGACGCCGUCGAGGAGGACCUGCGCCACGCCUUCUCGGUCUUCGACGCCGACGGCAACGGCCUCAUCACCCCCGCCGAGCUCGCGCGCGUCCUGCGCGGCCUCGGCGAGUCCGCCUCCGUCGCCCAGUGCCGCCGCAUGAUCCAGGGCGUCGACCGCAACGGCGACGGACUCGUGUCCUUCGACGAGUUCAAGCUCAUGAUGGCCGGCGGAUUCGGCAGGAUCGGUGCCUAGGAACAAGGAUUCUGCCCUGCUCCGCUCCCCACAAAAAAUUGGAUUCAUUUCAUUCUAUGUACAUAUAUGCAUGCCCUAUAGAUUUAGAUCACACUGGAAUCACGGAGAUGUUUCCUAGGUCCGGAUUAUUUACACGCCCAGCGGCAGCACAUAAAAAGCCCCCAUUUUACUUACU